AGAGGUUCUUCUUUCCCGUCCCUUUCCCCCUGAGGCUAAAUUCCCUCAACCUAAGGUCAGAGGGUUUGGAGGAGAUUCCAGAGCCUUCCAGGAAGAAACGGAAGGGAAUCUUACCGCAGUUGGUUCUGCCGGAGUGGAGUGGGCCGGGGAGUGGCCCGCGCGCGUCUCUCGGACACCGGUCAUCAGGCACUCUGGGUGGCCCUCGGAACAGGACAGUUUUGGCUAUGGAGAUGGUGACCUUCAGAGAUGUGGCAGUAGACUUCUCCCGGGAGGAAUGGGAUUGUCUGAAUUCUUCUCAAAGGCAUUUGUACAGCCACGUGAUGUUGGAGAACUACAGGACCCUGGUGUCUCUGGGACUUUGCUUUUCCAAGCCAAGUGUGAUACUCUUGUUGGAACAAGGAAAAGAGCCGUGGACGGUGAAGACCGAACUGACAGACAGUUUGUCCACAGAUCGGGAGUCUAUGAAUGUGAAUGAAGGAUUAAUCCCAAAGCAGGAACUUUAUGAAGAACAGUCAUCCAGAAAGAUAAUUGAGGAACUUAGAAGUAUCGGCCUUGAUUGUCCCAGUUUGAUGGGAGAAUGGGACCAUGAGCAUCAUUUUGAAAGACAAUCUGAAAAUCUAAAAGCAUAUUUCAAGGAAGAGACCAUUGCUCUUGAAGCUCUGAUUGAUAACAGAUCCUGGGGAGGUUUCUAUCAGAACACAUUGCCUCAUACACGACAGACAACCUCCAAAGAGAAGAGUGCAUUUAAACAAGGCACACACAAGAAAAGCUUGAAGACUGACAAGCCCAAGAGCACCUACACAGAGAAGAAACUUCUGAAAUGCAGCAAUUGUGAGAAAGUCUUCAGCCAGAGCUCCUCCCUCACCCUCCAUCAGAGAACCCACACUGGAGAGAAGCCCUACGCAUGCACGGAGUGUGGGAAAACCUUCAGCCAGAGGUCAAACCUCCUUCAGCAUCACAGGAUUCAUACCGGAGAGAAGCCCUACGAAUGUAAGGAAUGCCAGAAAGCGUUCAGCCAGAACGCGCAUCUAGUUCAACACCUGCGAGUUCAUACUGGAGAAAAGCCGUAUGAGUGUAAGGUGUGCAGGAAGGCCUUCAGCCAGUUUGCCUACCUUGCUCAGCAUCAGAGGGUUCAUACUGGAGAGAAACCCUAUGAAUGUAUUGAGUGUGGAAAAACCUUUAGCAAUAGGUCAUCUGUUGUUCAACACCAGAGAGUUCACACGGGAGAGAAACCUUUUGAGUGCAGGGUGUGUAGGAAAGCCUUCAGCCUUCGCGCAUACCUUACUGUGCACCAGAGAAUACACACGGGGGAGAGACCCUACAAAUGCAAGGAAUGUGGGAAAGCCUUCAGCCAAAAUUCCCACCUUGCUCAGCAUCAGAGAAUCCAUACAGGUGAAAAACCUUAUAAAUGCCAGGAAUGUAGGAAGGCCUUCAGCCAGAUUGCCUAUCUUGCUCAACAUCAAAGAGUUCACACGGGGGAGAAACCUUAUGAAUGUAUUAAGUGUGGGAAGGCUUUUUGCAAUGACUCGUCUCUUACUCAGCACCAGAGAGUGCAUACUGGAGAGAAGCCUUAUGAAUGUAAUAUUUGUGGGAAGGCCUUCAGUUACUGUGGAUCCCUUACCCAGCAUCAGAGAAUCCACACAGGAGAGAGACCCUAUGAGUGUAAGGAGUGUAAGAAAACCUUCAGGCAGCACGCACAUCUUGCUCAUCACCAGAGAGUUCACACUGGGGAGUCACUCUUACCCCCCAAUCCAGGCAAUCACCAAGUCCUGUAAAUCCCAGCUCCUAAAUAUUUCCGAAAUCUGUGUUCUUUUCUGUCUUUAGUGAUGAUCACUGCUAUAUUGUUCUAAUGGGUUUCCAGUAUCUAUUAUUACUAUCUCCAAGUGAUUUUCCAAUAAUGUACCCAAAAUGAUUUUAUUUUGAAGUGAAUCUUGUGUUAAAAAAAAAAAAGCUGGCCUUAGACUCAUUAUGUAGUCAAGGUUGGCCUCAAUUCAUUACCUUCCUGCCUCUGCCCCUCAAGUGCAAGUGCCGAGAUUACAGAAGUGUGGUACCAUACCCAGCAAUUCUUUUAAGGUGUAAAGAUUAACACAUCACCAUCUCCACCUAAAACUGUCCUUUCCUGCUAUUGUUUUUAGACUAAUCAACACCCUUAAAAUUGUAUAUAAGACUCUUUUUUUGUAUGAUCCAAACAUAUCAUUCAGCUUUAUUUUCUCCCUGCCUGCUUUAGGCACUAGACUCUUCUUAACACUGUGAGCUUAGUUCUGGGAAACCGUAGCUCUGCCAUUACUAUGGCACUGUGUGACUUUGAACAACUAAUUUAACUUGUCUAAACCUCAUGGUUUUAAUCUUAAAAUAGGGAUAUUAAAGGCUACUGUAUUGUGGAAAUGUAUUACAUGAAAGUAUCUGUUGAAAAUUAAUCCAUACUGAGAUGAGGAAUUUGCAUGCAGAACACUUAACAUAAGACAUCGACUCUAGCAGAGCCUCAGUAAAUAGGUGCAUGCCAGGCACUGGGCACUGUUCAAUACAGUUAGCAUACUUUAAUUCAUUUACUUCUCACAGCUGAGAUAAGAUUCGCUGAACCUCUUUGGGAAGCACCCGAUCAGAAUUGAAAAAAGCUUAAAUAUUUUAGAACAUAAAUGGGAGUUUUCAUCCUCUUGGCGAAUAAUCAUUAUAGACACAGGUAGUAAACAAAAAUUGAUUAUUAGUGUUUUAUCAAGUUUCUAAAGAGAAUGGAGUAAAUCAAACUGGGCUUUCUAGUGUAUUAUGAAUCAUUUUGUGGUGUUUUUUUUAAUGUGUGGCAUGUUGGACCUUCAUGAAUCAGUUCCUUAUGAAAUUCCAAUAAAAUACUUCACUGAAGCUAAAAUUUUCAUAAUGAACACACAAAAUAAAAACCAAAAACAAUCAUGGAAAUUUUUUUUAUUGAAAUUAAAGUUGAACUAGGAGCUGGAGCAAUGACUCAGCAGUUAAGAGCAGUAGCUGCUCUUGCAGAGGACCCAGGUUCAGUUUCUAGCACCCACAUGGCAAUUCACAACCAUCAGUUGCUCCAGUUCCUGGAGGGCAGUGGCAGAUGCACUCUGCUGGCCUCUGUGGGCAACAUAUGCAUGUGGAGGCAAAAUGUUCAGAGAGAUAGAUGGGUAGAUAGACAGACAGACAGAUAGAUAGACAGUCAGACAGACAGAUAGAUCUUCUUCGAACUUGUAUUACUAAAUCUUCAAGCUUGUAUUCAUGAAAUCUGAAUAUGUAGAGGUAAGUGCUAGGCAUGCUGCCACACCUUUAAUCUUAGGAUCAGGAAGUAUAUAGUUACAAACCAAAAAGAGUCACACAGUGAGCCCUGUCUCAGAGUAAAAUGAAAAGGUGGUUGAGACAAGACUUAAAAAUAUGCUAACCA